CACAGGUCUUUGGAUCCAUCUCCUGAGGCCAUCUCUCGUUUCAGUCAAUCUCCAGUCAUCACAGCUUACCUUCAUGUUGAUGAAUAAAUCACAGCGUACCAGAUAAAGGUGACCUGUUUCCAUUGGAGGAUAAUGGAACGGCUGUGGUUGUCUUUGCUGUUGCUGGCAGCAGCAUGCAGGGGACAGCCGUGUCCGAAACGCUGUAUGUGCCAGAGCCUUUCUCCGUCGCUCGCUAUCCUCUGCUCCAAGACAGGCCUGCUGUUCGUUCCUGCAGCCAUUGACCGACGCACCGUGGAGCUACGGCUUCAAGAGAACUUCAUCACAGCUGUCCGAAGAAAGGAUUUUGCCAACAUGACCAGCCUGCUACACCUAACCCUGUCCAGAAACACCAUCAGUCAGAUCCUCCCUUCAGCAUUCAGUGACCUGCGGCGACUCAGAGCACUCCACCUAGACUCUAAUAGAAUAACUGUGAUCAAGGAUGAGCAUUUCAAAGGCCUGACCAACCUUCGUCACCUAAUCCUGGCCAACAACCAGCUCCACUCCAUAUCUCCCCAUGCCUUUGAUGACUUCCUGUCCACAUUGGAGGAUCUAGACCUCAGCUACAACAACCUUGCCCAGGUGCCAUGGGACACGAUUGGGCGCCUCACCAAUGUCAAUACCCUAAAUAUGGAUCAUAACCUCAUAGAAAACGUUCCCCAAGGGGUAUUCACCAACCUACACAAACUGGCCAGGCUAGACAUGACAUCCAAUAAAUUGAAGAAAAUUCCCCCCGAUCCAUUAUUCCUGAGAAUCCCAGUUUAUGCCAAGUCCAGAGGCUCCCCUCUCACCUCCCUGGUGUUGAGUUUUGGUGGUAACCCCCUUCACUGUAACUGUGAACUCCUGUGGCUGAGGAGACUAACCAGAGAAGAUGACCUCGAGACAUGCGCCUCUCCCUCUGACCUCAGUGCCAAAUAUUUCUGGACAAUACCUGAAGAGGAGUUUAUUUGUGACCCACCAGUUCUAACACGCAAGUCACCUCAUACUGUGGCAAUGGAGGGCCAGCAUGCCAGUCUGAAGUGCAAAGCGAAUGGUGACCCAGAGCCUGAAGUCCACUGGAUCAGCCCUGAAGGGCGACUUAUAUCUAAUGGCUCAAGGACGUUAGUUUUCCCAAAUGGAAGCCUGGAUAUCAAUGUGACAACCCUGAAGGAUUCAGGAAACUUUACCUGCAUCGCCUCAAACGCAGCAGGCGAGUCCACAGGAAGGGUGGAACUAGUUGUCACAGCCAUGCCUCAUCUCGCCAACAGCACAAGCCGCAGCCGGGACCCAUCCUCUGAACCCGCCCCCUCUGAUAUUCUAACCUCCUCUAAGGUUGCACUGCCUAACAACGAGACAAGGGCGGCAGACCGGAGGGUCUCAUUGGUGGAGCUGACAGGAAACUCUGCCCUCAUUAGAUGGAGCAGUCAGACGCCUACAUCUGGAGUCAGGAUGUUCCAGGUCCAGUACAACAGCUCUGGGGAUGACGCACUGGUUUAUAGGAUGAUCCCAUCGAGCAGCAACGACUUCCUGGUACGGGACCUCGCCGCUGGACGCAGCUAUGAUCUUUGUGUCCUGGCUGUGUUUGAUGAUGUCAUUACAUCACUGACUGCAACACGUCCUUUGGGCUGUCUGUCGUUCACUACAGACACAGAGUUCAGCCAGUGUCAAGCACUGCACAGCCACCUCCUGGGUGGUACUAUGAUCAUCAUCAUUGGGGGAAUUAUUGUUGCUUCUGUGCUGGUCUUCAUCAUCAUCUUAAUGAUACGAUACAAGGUUUACAGCCACCAAGGAGCAGGCCACGGAAAAGUUGCGACUGCAACAAGACCGCAGAGCAACGGACAAGGAGGAGGUGGACAAGUCCAAGUCCUUCCUCACUCUGCUUCCAAAAUUACCGAGAGUCAGGACGACCAAGCACUUUCGCCGUCUAGAGCCAUGUCGCCUAGCAACACCCUGAGAGACACCGUGGCACUGGUAGAGGAGGAGAGCAGUGGACGGAGCAUCAUGACAAGGACUGACUCCCUGGCCAAUGAGGAGUUGCUCUCGCCCACAAAGGCCCGCUUCUCCUCCAGGGUCGCCAUUGAGAUGAAAAGUAGACCGCCAUCUGUCGCCAAAGAGUCCACCUCCCCCAAGGAACCGGCAGCAGCAGACGACAGGCGACCUCGUACUGUCGAAUGGAGAGACUUUAUGAUCUGAAGGUCUCUUGGCCUCACAAAGAGAUUGCACCAACACUACACAGAAAGAAACCCUGAUGAUGUUUUUCUGGGUGGCAGAUGUGAAGAAUGAACGUCACCACUGGGGAAAAGCUGGUGAAAACUCUAAAGAAAAAAAUGGCCCUAUAGCUCCCCUUCCCUGUAUCUCCCAUUUACUCUACCCAUUACUUUGUGUCCAUGAAUAUCAUGGGGUUAUAGACCUGAACUGUCUGGUUUACUUUACGCUGCUUAUCCUGGUUCUCGUGUCUGGAUUGGACGACAGACUGUGUCAAGGCCCGGUUUCGGAUGGCUGCUGAUUGGCCAGCUGCUGCAGGAUUAAGCCGUCUGUGUGGUCAUCUUACUUACUUUAAAUGGAGCGGCACUCGCUAGAUGCAGAAUUUUCCACUUUGAAUCAUGUGGAUGAGCGUGGAAAUGGAUACAAUGUGCACAGAAAACAAAUAGAGGCAUAUGAGAAUGUCUCAACCAAUAAAAAAAGAAAACAUGAAUGAACUUCUCACCACCUCGAGCAGCAGCCACAUGCACGGACAGAUACUGGGUGGACGGUACACACAGGAAAUGUGUGGUGAACCAGUAACAGUCGGACGCUCAGAUAAUCACAAGCAACCUGGAUAUACCUUACGGUCGACUGCAUGGACAGGAAGGGAAUACGUUCAAACGUUCAAAUGUGUCUGGAUGGGUUUGGUUAUGGAUAUGAACAAAUGUUAAAUAUCAGCUCACCGUUGAGGCCGACUCUCAGUUGCUCCACAAUGCAACUCUGCUGAACUGAAGCGAGCUGAGCUGGAUCUUAACCUUGACCGAACCCUGUUAUCUCUCAGUCAGAAGCACACACACACAGCAUACACAACAAGGAAACCUGAACUGAACUGGUUUGACCUGGACAGAGCUGAAUCACACUGGACCCAGUGGAGCCUGACCUCCAGUUACACACUGAUAAUGGACUAUUACAAUCUAAACUGGACUACACUAGACCAACUCAUUACCUUUUGGUCUAGCCUGUGCUCUCUUCUGCUCUGGUCCCUUAUCUAUGUUUUUCCACUGGGUGGGACCAGUGAGGACCUUAAAGGACCUUUACCAGCCUCUGUCCCAUCUCUCCAGGCACCCUUCCACAGACCAUUGACCAGGAGGUAAGACACGUGUCUGAAGUCCAGAAAGACAAAAGAACUGAUAAAGAGAGAAACAAUAAAGUAGUGGGGUAACCAGUUAACCAAAUCACUGAUAUCAUCCAACAUCUUUAUUAGAAGCAUCUCCACAGUUGUCAUCAUCAUUACUCUCAUCAAAAAACAAGUUUACAGCUACAAAGUUCUACAUUCAAAGUCAGAAUAGUUUAUUGUCAGGAAAGCUGCUGUAUGACUGUGUUUGGCUGCACCACCUGCGUCGCUCACAUCUUAAGGUUGUAUUCAUAAUCUUCAUUUUCUCCGAGUCCGUUUCCACAGCUCAUUUAACAGUGGUUUGAAGGGGACCUAUUGUGCUUUUUCUUUAUUUUCCCUUAUACGAUAUCAAUAUUAAAUGUGGCCAAAGUUUCAGAUAUUGAUGUAAAAAUAAAAGUAAGCAUUGUUAGACCAAAGUCAGACCAUUUAUACGGUCAUCCACUCCAAGCACACCAUACGGUCUACUCUAGCAUACAAAUAACCUACUGUGCAGGUUUACUAUAUAGUCAUUAGGCAACAGCAGAACAACAGUUUACAAACAACUGUUUCCUGACUGAUGACAUUUUCUACUUCAGUCAGCAAUUUAGCACAUUUCCCAAAUGUACACCUAUUAAAAGGGGCAUAUAUACAGUUUGUGAUUGUAAGACUAAAUUCCGAUGCUGCUGUGAAUUUUCAUUCUGUGCCCUCAUAUUCCAGAUCAGAUUUAAAGUUAAACAUGCAAAGACGGAUUUGAGAUGUUACCACUUCCAAUUAAUUAUGUUAGUUACUUAGUUGUAGUGACUAGUUACUCAGUGUAACAGGUGAGAGGAUGUGGUGGUGCUCACAAGUGCCCCUCUGUGAGGUUCUGGUUGUUCAGCUAAUCAAAAGCAAAUAGAGAUGAGCUAUGAUUUCCUGUUUUAGUCUGAAAACCACCAUAGCAGCUGCAUAAUAGGCAUCAAUCCAUUAUCUAUACUGCCUAUCCUUUAUGGGGAGACUUUCCCAGCUGACAGUAGGUGAGGUUGGUGAAGUGGAGUAGACCCUGCACAGGUAGCCAGUGUAUCGCAGAGCAACCAGUCGGUCAAUUUAAAGUCUCCCAUUAAUCUAACACCAGUCUGCAUUUCUGUGGAGUGUGCAAAUAAGCAGGAGUACCUGGAGAAAACUUGAAUAACUCAAGAACUUUCAUACUGUGACAGGAAAAUACCAACCAUUCAUUAGAGUCCGUUUGAGACAAACACGGACAUGUUUUGAGCUGUGAAACAAAGUGAGUUGAGUUCCAGACUUCAAAAAUGCUGAGCUGGAAAUGAGCAUAAUGGGUCCCCUUUAAUGUUGUGUUUUUCGAAAGAAUUCCAUCUCCAUGUGCGUCAAACAGUCGUCCCUUUAUAUUAGUCAUCAGAAUAUUUCAGGUGCACAAUAUUAGCAUCUCUUCGUUACUGUUAUGCUUUCACUGAGAAUUCAAGCUGGUUAUUGUAAAUGGGAUAUGCGGGCCACAGGUGUCAUCUCAGAUCUGUACUAUCCAUACGUGUUUGCACAUAAUUGCAUUCACCGCCAUUUCCCCUGUAACAUCAUCAUCAUUAUAAAUCAAGAUGCAGUCCCCUGCAAAAAUGUAAGUUGGUGGAAGAGAAAAUAGACAGAGAGCCUCAAACCUUUUGACCCAUCCCAGUAGAAACAACCCACCCCCUAAAAAAAAGAAAAGAAACCACAAACGCUUUGUCUUCACUUUUCCCCUCCUGUGUUUCCCUCACCUUUUCUUUGGGCUUUAUCUUUUGUAUUUGUACAUAAAGCAAUUUCAAAUCUUAUAGUUUUGUACAUGUAAUUUUUAU